AGGGUUGCUGUGGUGGCCGCGCCAAGUGGGCGAGGCCUCGCCGCAGCGCAUCGUGGAGGUCGCAUCGCUAGGCUUUCAGUGUUGCAGGGCACCGAUCGAGGAAACGAUCCGGGACCCGAACUUUCACGAAUCUCACUAGAUAGAAGUUCUCGCACCAGACGCGCUGCGGAGAGCUCAGAUUUUCUCGCGAGAGCCUCGUGAUCUCAGUCGCUGUCAUUUCAAAUGGAUGCGAGGUUGACUGGAGCGCGGGGCAGAGGGUUGCUUCAUCUCUGGCAGGAUCAUGGCAGAUCUCAUAUUUGCGUGUGUCACCUGUUACGGAGAGAGAAGUUGGAUUUUCCAUUACACGGAGACAGUGGAAGUUUCACGCCGCGGAUGUAUAGGUGAUGUGCUGCUAUGUCGGAGUCCAAUCAUAUUUGUACUUGGAUGCGAAAUGUUAAGAGGUGGGUUCAAGGUUUGACUCUUAAAGCUGCGAAUGACUUUGGUGGCGAAAGGUGCCUGAAGACAAUUAUUUUUUGAGAUUUUUAGAAGAAAUGGCCGACAUGGCGCGCUCAAGCAUAGAUAGUAUGUGGAAAUACAGUUAUGAAGGAAGCAAACAUAUAUGUACAUUGGCUAAGAAGGUUAUUACUUUCAUGUUUCAAUCAUGGACACGUGGUUUUUUAUGUCUACUUUUACUCGGAUCACUCCCUUUUCUAGCUCCUGUGAUCUUGGUAACCAUGAUGGUUGGUGGCGCUUUCGUGGUUCCUUUGCUAUGUGCUGUCACUGCUUAUUAUGUUCUCUUCCGCCGCUUCCCACUGCCAAUCAUCAUGAAACGGUUUUCUUCUCCCAAGCCUCAUCUCAGAAUGGAAGAUUUGGAUACCUAUGCCGAAGAAUACAGGAAUCGCGGGGCUUCGAUUGGGACGCCUUACCUUGAUUAUGAGGGUACUUGUGAGGAAACAUUGGAUAGUGACUCUGAAGUUGAAAUCGUUGAGGAGGAUCCAGCUUCAGAGGCUGACGCGGCCAUUGCUAAGCCUGACAUGACCAAGGAGGCAGAAGCUCGGCCAGCUGAACCGGAGGUUUUUGUUGACGGAGCAACGCCAACUGUGCAGGAGAAGGAAGUGCUACCUUUGGUCGUAUCAGAAACCUUAUGGGAAAACGAACAAAUCCAAGGAGUUGCAGAAGAGAUUGAGUCUAAGGUCGACCCUAGAUUGGAAUCUGCAGAGCCAUUCAUGAAGCAACAAACUCUGGCGGUGAGAUCUGAACCGGUGGAGCCGGCUUCCUCUGUUGGGGACGUUAUACCCAAUGCAGGGACUGUAGCUGUACAAGAAGUUGCCUCCAAUGAGAAUGUUACCCCAUUGGAAGAGGUAAAUCCUGAGAAAACUGAGAUGCUAGAAGUCCCAGAGUUGGACGAGAAAGUUAUUGAAGUCUUCGUUGAGGAAACGACUAGUUCAGAGAUUGAUGCAUCCAUUGCUGAGCUCGACGUGAUUAAGGAGGUCGUAACUAAACCUGAGGAGGCCUCAAUUGUGUUGGAGAAGGAUGUCGAAUUUCCCUUAAUAAUGUCAGCACCUGCGUUGAUAGAGAAGGAAGAUCCAGAAGUUGUGAAAGAGCUUGAGGCUGUCGCUGUACUUACAAUGGAGUCUGAAGACCAACUGAUGGAUGAACAGCCUUUUUCAGUGAAAUCUGCGCCUAAGGAGUUGGUAUCCUCCGUUGAGGAUGUUCCAGCUAUUUCAUUGAUAGCCCGUAUGCAGGAGUUUGUCACCCCAGUGGAAGAGUCUGAUAUAGAGAAGGUUGAGGUGCCAGAAGCCCUGAUGAUGCAAGUGAAGGAGGUUGAAGCUUCCGUUCAGGAGGCUAGGUCUUUAGAGACUGACUCUCUCAUUGCUAAGUCUGAAGUGACUACGGAAGAAGAGGAUAGACAUACAGAGGUCCCAGUUGUAGUCGAGAAAGAAGUUCUGCCAUUGACAGUACCAGAUUCCGAAUCGGAAGUAAAGGAAGCCCCAGCAGUUGGUAGAGAGACACCUGCUGAGGGAGACCCUGGAAUGGAAUCCGCAAUACAAUCUAUGAUACCACAUCAAUCUCUGUUGGUGGAGUCUGAACCAGUGGAGCUGGCUUCCUCCGCCGAAGAUGUUCCAGCUAUAACAGAAAUCGCCCCUGUGCAUGACGUUGUCCCCGCUGAGGUUGCUAUAGAAGAGUCUGACAAGUCUCAGAUGAUUGAGGCGUCAGUGAUGGAAAAGGAACCCGAAGCCCCCGUUCAAGAUGCUGGGACUCCAGAGAAUGAUGCACUCAUUGCUGAGCCCGACGUGACGAAGGAGUUCGAGAGUAAAUUUGAACCUUCGUCUGAUGUACUAAUAUCCAUAGUGGGAAAGGCAGAUACACCAGUGGUUCAGAAAGAAGCUGUUGGUGCCUCUUCGUUGGAGUUCGAAGUUUCAAGUUUUGAACAGCAAUCUUCCCCAGUAGAUGAUGAAUAUGUGGAGUUGCUCUCCCCUGUUUUGAGUGUUCCUGCCAUUGCAGAGACCGCUGCAGUGAAGGAUGAUAUCCCAAGUGAGGCUGGGUCCUCAGUGGAGGAAUUUGAUUUGAAAGGGGUUGAUAUAGGAGGACCCUUAGUGACUGAAGUGAAGGAUGUUAAGGGUGCUCCAAUGGAGGAGCCGUUGCCUGAGCAGGUUGAGAAGCCAGAGGCUCCAGUGAUGGAAGAGGAAGUUAAGUCUGUCGCUGAGACUGGUGCUAUGGAGAUGGAGCUUAUCAAAGAGGCAGAGGCUGGGCUAGCUGCACCUGAGUUUUUUGUCAAGAGGAAGGUCCCAGCUGUACAAGAUAAUACUGAAUUUCCGUCGGAUUUACCAGAACCCUUAUUGGAAGAGAAGGAAGCUCUAGUGGUAGCUGCAGAGAAUGAUACUGAGACUGACACAUACAUGAAACAAAAAACUUCACUGGUGGAUUCUGAGCCUGUGGUGUUGUCCUCUCCUUUCGCAGGUGUUCCUACCAUUGCAGAGGCUGCUGUAGACGAGGAGGUCUCUCCAAUCGAGGUCGUUGAUCUCUUUGGAGAUUCUAAUGUUGGAAAGGUUGAGGUGCCUGAUGUUCUAAUGGUGGAAGAGGAGGUUGAGGCUCCUGCUGAGGAGGCCGGAUCUUCGAAGACUUACUCACUUAUUGAGUCCGAUUUGUCUAAAGAGGGAAGGGCUGGACCUGCAGCACCUGAAGUUUUUGGUGAGGAGGAGGUCCCAGUUGUGCAAGAAAAGGUCGAUGAUCUUCCCUCAGCUGUGGUCGCACCUGCAUCUGAAGGAAAGGGAUAUCUUGGAGUUAUGGGAGAGACUGAGGCUGUGGAUAUCUCUACAUUGGACUUCGAUAGGCCAAGGUUUGAACUUGUUGAGGAUUUUCCAGCUAUAGUAGAUAAUACCCCUGAACAGAAGGUUGCUUUGGGUUCCGAGCUACUGGAGGAAAGUUCUUAUGAUGAUCGAACGACUAGUGAGGACUCAACAGCUUCAAGUGAACCAAUAGGUUUAUCGAGUACGGAAGCAACUGAAGAGAGAAAGGAUGAAGGUCAUCCUGCUAAAUAUUUGAAAGCACAGGGCAAGGAAAAGGACUUGGAGGAGAUCAAUGUAGACUUGGGUAAACUCGACGAAGUUCAGUCUGGUGUUGAUCAUCCGGUGCUUGUUGCUGGACAACAAAAUUUAGAGCCUGAUGAACCGAGGGAAUGGACGACUGAAUUUCAGUCUAGCUCUGAGAACUUGGUAGAUUCUGGGGGAUUAGAGCACUCUGUUGAGAACAAGGUAGCUGCGAAGACAAAAGGUCAUCUUGUUGACCAGACAACAGUUCCAAGUAAAGAGCAGGAGCAUUUUACUGUAAAUAAAACAGCAAACGAGGAACCUUGUCAGGCUUUGGCUCCUACUCAGUCUUCACUCUCUGACGAAAAGUUCGGGAAUCUAGAACACGGGUUGCCAUCGAAACAAGCGGUUCAGCAAGUUAAUGAGAUUAAUGUAAUUGAAGAAGACUUCGACGUUCACGAAUCUGCCUCAGAAGUGUUCGCUCGAUCUGAAAAUGAGCAAGAAGAGAAGGAAGCAGAAUCGCAUGUGUCUGCUCUCGAAGUGGUGGAAAUACUAAAUCCAGUGGCUGAAGAGGUGUUGAUCGUUGUGCCUAAAGUGAUGAAAGACUCACCUAAGAUCAUGAAAAAGGAGGUCCAAUUUUUUGAGGAAAAUGAGGUUGAACUCCCGUCACCUACAUCGGUGGAAGAGGUGGAUUCACAAGUUGUUCACGAAAAAGCUGGUGCUCUUUCAUUGGAGUCCUGUGUCCCUACGUUGAAGCAACAGUUUUUUUCCAAGGAUUCCGAUACUGUGAUGUUGGCCAGUUCUGUUGCGGAUGUCUCCAUCAUGGUAGACGCUGCUGUUGUCCAGUCUGCUUCCACUGAGAAGGCUCAGGAGCAAGAUAUCCCCAUUACUGAAGCUGUAGCUUCAACCCUUGAGCUACCCCUUAUUGGGUCCAAGUUGACCAUGGGAGUAGAUGCUGAUCACCAUGCUGCGUCAGUGGUUGUUGCUGCAGAAGAGGCCCCACUUAUACAGGAGAAGGGAGCACCGAUUGCUGCUGAAGGUAUUGAGGUUGCCCCUGCUCUGAAGGCCAAGGCUACUGAUGCUGGGGAGAAGACUAAAUUGGUGGAGGAGCCUGUUCACGUUGGGGGUAACGAAGCUGAUAAGGUUGAAGAGUCUGAGACCCUACCAGUGGAGGGGCACGAGACGAAGCCACAAGUGGCUGCAUCGAAGUGUGAGGAAGUCCUCAAUGAAGAUUGUGAAGCUCCAGAAUCUGAGGUGCUUACCUACGAUUGUGUGACGGCCCCAGAAGCAGAGGAUGUUUCAGUUGUGCUGGAGAAGGCUGGGUUUCCCUUGGUUGAAUUGGAACUCCGAUCGGAAGAAAAGGAAAUGACAAUAUCUGAGGAGAAUCCAGCUCCUGGUGAAUUAGAGCACAGAGGACUGUUGGGUGCGGAGAAAUCUCAAAUUGUUCAGGAGGUGCAAGAGAAGGACGCCCAUGUGGAGAGAACUCAGCCCAUUGAUGAAGGUGUCGAGGGAGCUGAGAAGAAGAAUGAGGCUGUUGAAGGUCCCGAACAAGAUUUCCCAACUUUGAGAUCAUUGAACGUAGCACAUGAUGAAGAGUCUUCGCGUGAUGAAAAAUUCCAGGAAAGUGUUGACUUUUUGAGUGCCGCUCGAGCUCAGAGACGCCUAAGCUUCGAGAAUGAGGAAAUUGAAUUCGGAGCACCAUUAUCACCACACAGAAGGAGAGGCUUUGAAGCAACGGAUAUUCUCUUUAGGUCACGCUUAGGGAGGGGUCAUCCGACUCACCGACACUCUGCACCUGAUUGUUUAGGAACUUAUACUUGGGUGCAAGAGUUGCCACCCUCCUCACAUCAAGAGAAGCACCGGAUUCACAAGAAAAUGAAAUACAAACGAUGGUCUGAGAGUAGUGAAGGCGGUGACGGAAAGAAGAGCUCAGCGAAGCCUGGCCGAUCAUACUCAACUUCUGUUGCAGAUAGUGGUGAACCCUGCAUGGGUGAGUUUGAGGGCCUUUUAAAGUCAUGGAAGGAAAGAGAUAAAACAACUUUGCAUACUUCAGUGGCCUCCUCAGCAAGGUUCUCACCGAUUGCAGCUUCAUCCGCUGAUAUUGUUCGUCAGAUUCGUGAGGAGAUCAUCACCAUUCAAAGGAUAAUUGGGCAAGAAAUUCCACCGCAAUGCUCUUUGUGGAAGGAAGUGGAAAUUCUCACUCAGAUCGUAGGUAUGGAGCUUCCUUACAUGGGCGAUGUUCCUGAUUUAACUAAAGCAAGGCAAGGACUGGAUCUUCUGAAAGUUGUUGUUGGCAUCACAUGCACGUAGGACCGGGGUCAGGAAGAUGAUAUGAAGCUUAACAAUAGCGUCUAAUGUUGGAUUGUAAUAGAUAUACACUCUUAGAAGUGUUACAGGGGUGAUUAACGAUAUGUUGCUUAUGAUCAUUGGUAAAUUCAGAUUGUAUUUUAUAUCCAGGACAGCUAGCUUCUUAGUAUAGAUAGCUAUCUUAAGCAGAUGUUUCUUAAUUAAUGCUGCUGGCAUAGAUGCCCGGUAUCAACGCGUCUGUGAUCGAUUCUGUGCAUAAGUUGUAAAGGUAAAUUUUUUCAAUUUU